GGAGGCGGGCUCUCUGCUGGCUGCGACGCAAGGUUGGGGCGCACAGCGGGACACGAUGACCCCUUGGGCCGAGCGGCUGGCGGGGGUACACGGGGUGCUGCUCGACAUCUCAGGCGUGCUGUACGACAGCGGGGCUGGCGGUGGCGCCGCCAUCGCGGGCUCCGUGGAGGCGGUGGCGAGACUGAAGCAGUCCAGGCUGAAGGUGAGAUUCUGUACCAAUGAGUCCCAGAAGUCCCGAGGAGAGCUGGUGGGGCUACUUCGGCGACUGGGAUUUGACAUCUCUGAGGGAGAGGUGACUGCCCCAGCACCAGCUGCCUGCCAGAUCCUAAAGGAGCGAGGCUUGAGGCCACACCUGCUUAUCCAUGAUGGAGUCCGCUCCGAAUUUAAUGACAUUGACAUAUCCAAUCCAAACUGCGUCGUGAUUGCAGAUGCUGGCGAAGGCUUUUCCUAUCAGAACAUGAACAAAGCCUUCCAGGUGCUCAUGGAACUGGAAAACCCCGUGCUCAUAUCACUGGGGAAAGGACGUUACUACAAGGAAGCCUCUGGCCUGAUGCUAGAUGUCGGAGCCUACAUGAAGGCACUUGAGUACGCCUGCGGAGUAGAGGCCGAAGUGGUGGGGAAGCCUUCCCCGGAGUUCUUCAAGUCCGCCCUGCGUGCGAUAAGAGUGGAAGCCCACCAGGCCAUCAUGAUUGGGGACGACAUCAUGGGAGAUGUUGGCGGUGCCCAGCAGUGUGGGAUGAGAGCGCUACAGGUGCGGACUGGGAAAUUCAGGCCCAGUGAUGAGCACCAUCCAGAAGUGAAGGCUGAUGGGUACGUGGACAACCUUGCAGAGGCUGUGGACCUGCUACUACAGCAUACGGACAAGUGAUAGACCUUCAGGGAGGGCCCCAGCCUCCUUCCCCCCACUGCCCCUCCCUCCUGUCUCCAGGCCCAUAACCACCCAAGGCUAGCCCAGCCCUCUCUGGCAUAGGCUGAUGAGGGUAGUGACCAGAGCCAACCAGCCCCUUCCUAUCCUCCCUCUGCUGACCCCAUCAACCUUCCUUCCUCCCCAGCCUUUGGGUAGAGGUUUGUUCCCUGCCUCUGUGGCCUGAACCCCUGCCCAGGCCCAUAGUGCCAUCCAUCCAAGAGGGUGGAACGGACCUGUCAGGCGCCCAGAGAAUGAACCCUAGGCACAGGCUGGAAGGUCCUCCAGCAAUGUCUGAGUCUCCAAAUUCCUUCAGUCAUCAUUCAGUCUGUCCAAUUGGAUGAGGGUGUGGUGCCUCCCUCAGCAAACUUUGCAUGUGAGUGUGGAGCCUGCAGAAAGCCCAGGGCCUGCCAUGCCAGCCUCCCUGGGACUGGCCAGUGACCCCUGCCCACCACCCACGGCCCCUCCCGGCCCCAUGUCAAUGUGACUGAUCGGUGCUCUGCCCCCCAUCCCUGCCUCUGAAAACAGUGUCAGCCCAUGCUCUUCCCGUCCCCACAAAUCACCUAGACGUGGGCCGAGGACUGCUGUCCUGCAGAGCGGGAAUGUCAGCUGCCGCACCACCCUGCAGCUCAGACAGCACAGUGGAUCAGUAUGGACAGACUUGGAUGUGUCAUGCCUCUUUCACCAGAAGAACCAAUGGCUUCAUAAACUGGGCCUUGACUGCUGC